AUGAAGUUGCUCCACUUUUGCCUAAUAAUUUUACUGCUGCAGCAGCUAACUGUGGCCAAGCGUUUACUGGACUUGGAUGCUGCCAACGCUGGCCAGCUCUCCGGCAAGGGUCGCAUUGUGGGCGGUCAGACGGCAGAGAUUGGAUUUGCCAAGUAUCAGGUGUCGCUGCAGGUCGCCCUCGGCUAUCACAACUGUGGCGGUGCCAUACUGAAUGAGCAGUGGGUCAUCACGGCGGGUCACUGUGUGGUCGAUUUUCCAAUCGAGUUUAUUGUGGUGGUCAUGGGCACCAACCGCUAUGCGGAACCCGGCGCCAUCCACUAUACUGCGGAGAAGUAUGUGCACUGCAUGUACGAUAAGCCCUAUAUGCAUAAUGACAUAGCCCUGCUGAAGCUCAGCGAAAACAUAACCUUCAAUGAGUUCACGCAGCCCAUAGAGCUGCCCGUGGGUCCGGUGCGUGAGGGCGCGGAGAUUGUGCUCACCGGCUGGGGCGCUGAGGUCGCCAAUGGCCAAGCAAAUGAGAAUCUGCAAAAGCUGAGCUUGGGCUUUGUCAAACUGGAUGAAUGCCUGGAUAUAUUCAAUCAGACCAGCAACAUGGGCGUGGGACACAUUUGCACAUUCAGCAAGGAAGGUGAGGGUGCCUGUCAUGGCGAUUCGGGUGGACCGCUGGUGAGCGAUGGUCAUCUAGUUGGUCUAGUAAAUUGGGGCCGACCCUGUGCCAAGGGAUUUCCGGAUGUGCAGGCCAAUGUGUACUACUAUCUGGACUGGAUCAGGAACGUCAUCAGCGGCAAUGCCAAGUGCAGCACCUGAACAGCUCAUGAAAUA